AUGUAUGCAAGAAGAGCUACAAACGAUCUUCACAGAUUGAUGAAGGCAUUUAAGGAUUUCGACCCACGACGGUUCGAAGGAAACCUAGAACCACGUGAAGUGGAUGAGUGGAUUAUACACCUUGAAGAUAUAUUCGGCAUACUGGAGUGCACGGAUGAUCAGAAAGUCAAGUUGGCGGUGUUCAAACUAUCUGAUGAUGCCAAGUUGUGGUGGAAGGGAGUGGAAAGACUCCGCACGGCAGAGGGUCCGCCUCUGACGUGGCAGUUGUUCAAGGAUUCGUUCAACGAGAAGUAUUUUCCCGCGCAUGUUCGGAACAAUAUGACUGAAGAGUUCAUGGAUUUGAAGCAGAAAAACAUGACUGUGGCUCAGUAUGAGUCCAAAUUCUCCCAGUUGUGCCGCUAUGCUCCACACAUGGUAGUGACGGAAGAAUUGAAAGCAGACAAGUUUGUUAGAGGUCUUCGAACAUUUUUUAAGAAUAAAGUGUCACUUUUCGAGUUGAAGACUUUUGCAGCAGUAGUAAGAAAGGCGUAUGCUAUGGAAAAGGGGGAUAAUGAGUUACAAUCUGUCAGAGCUCAGCAGAACAAGAAUCGCAGUGGUAACUUUAAAGCUCAAGCUCCACUAGGAAAGAAGCCGAAGGUUCAGGGCUCACCAACAAAUGUUCAGAGUCAGCACCCUAUUUGUGCUCACUGUGGUAAACGUCAUGGAGGGACUUGUUUCAAGCUCACCAAUGCAUGUUUUAGUUGUGGACAGCAGAGACACAGGGUCAGUGAAUGUCCCAACCCGAAGAAAACUUUUUAG